GGUCUCGACAAAGAAAAGAUACCUAGAAUUCCAGGAACUCGUGUCGCGUUAACGACGGAAGGCUAGAGAACAGCCUGCACCCUGAAUGUCCUGAACUACGAUUCAACGCAUAAAAGUGCCAAACAGUAUAUGAUGUUUCUGGGCACGCGACAUAUUUUGUCCCCGUGUUUGUCCUUUUAUUUCCGGAUCAGUCCUUGUUGCUGUGGGGUAAAGACCUUGUGCUCGGGGUACCUUGUGCUCGUACGCUCACUAUGCCAGGCUCGGAGGCUCGUAACGCCGGGAUUAGCGCGCCAUCUUCGACAACAUGGCGUCGCGAGCGGCUCCUACGAAUCGGGAGUACAGCUACGGUCGAAACUCUGUCAACACUUCCCCCUGGCCACGAUUCUGUUCAGGGUGGUGAUUCAUCGACCAAUGAACCUCUUCCUGAGCAGGAUGCUAUUGAAACCACCCCACUACGUCAAGGUCCUCGCGUUUAUGGUACUUUGCCUUCUGCCACCUCCAAAAAGUCACUCUUUCACAAGGGGUCCCUCACUUUCUCGACGAGACGCAGUAUGCCAGACCUUCCCCCCAUCACUCUACCGGGUCCGGAUACUGGUACCAAUCCUACUAGUCCGAUGUAUUCCCCUUCGUUGCUCAGAGAAACUUAUUCACGUCUGAGCGCACAACAUCCAAUCUCGGCCUAUGAUGCUCCCCUUUCAUCUAAGGAUACUGGAAGCACCGACAUGGAUGCAAAGGUCAAUGGCAUCCGCGUGUGGUACUCAUCCUUCUCAUCUAUCGACUGGCUCCAUGACGCUAUUAAAGAUUCGGCUCGCUUCUCUCGGCUGAGAAGACGCAAAUCCAUACGUGCGCGCAUACGUCUCGCUGUAGACAAGAGUUUGGGGUGGAUCAUCGUCACCAUUGUAGGGUUCUUCACAGCUGUUGUCGCGUUUCUUGUUGUUCGAAGCGAGCAAUGGUUGUUUGACUUGAAGGAUGGGUAUUGCAAGGCCAAUUGGCUGCUUGCCAAGCGGUUUUGUUGUCCCCAGCUCGACGAAUCUAUCUCACUCUUCUCCGGGAACCGGGCAUCGGAAGAAAUUUGUCCAGAGUGGACAACAUGGGCACGGGCAGCACGCUUGGAUGAGGGUGCCAAGGGUGGAAAAGCUGUAGAGUACUUGUCUUAUUCUGCAGUCGCUCUGUUACUGGCACUAGUGUCAUGCUUACUCACAAUAUAUCUAACGAACUCGUCAUCCUUCGUCACGCGCAAAGAAUCGGGUGUUCUCGCGCCGGACUUUACUGAUCACCGUCGAAGCUUGAAAGACACGCUUUCCGCUCCUGGGCCUAAACGCAAAGUCGCGUUCUAUGCUGCCGGAAGCGGGAUACCUGAAAUCAAGACCAUUCUAUCCGGAUUCGUUAUACAUGGAUACCUCGGCGGUCGCGUCUUGUUCACCAAGUCCGUUGGUCUGGCCCUGUCCGUGGCCUCAGGCUUGUCUUUAGGAAAGGAAGGGCCAUUUGUUCACAUUGCCAGCUGUAUUGGGAACAUAGUCAGCCGAUUCCAUAGCAAAUACGAAAACAAUGAAGCUAAACGGCGCGAAAUAUUGAGUGCAGCGUGUGCGGCUGGUGUAGCAGUUGCUUUCGGUGCACCUAUCGGCGGUACACUGUUUAGUUUGGAAGAGGUGUCCUACUUCUUUCCACCCAAGUCUUUUAGCUUCUUCUGUGCAAUGAUAGCAGCAAUCACUCUCAAGAUGCUUGACCCAUUCGGGACCGGGAAACUAGUAUUAUUCCAAGUGACGUACGAUAGGGACUGGCACGCGUAUGAACUGUUUCCGUUUGUCCUUCUGGGCGUGUUUGGGGGUAUCUACGGCGCUUAUUUCUCUAAGUUGAACUACCGCUGGAGUCGGCACGUACGAAAUGGGACAUGGCUCAAGACGCACCCUAUCGCGGAAGUGUUACUGGUCACUCUUCUGACCACCGUCCUUUGCUUCCUCAAUCCUUAUACUCACAUGGGUGGUACAGAAUUGGUGUACAAUCUGUUCGCAGAAUGUCGAACGGGUUCUGGAAAUUCUCAUGAAGGUCUGUGUGUUAUUGACCCAGGAUCCUUCAAACACAUCUGGCCUGUCAUCCGUGCCAUUGCGGUGGCUCUGGUUAUACGGGGCGCGCUCACUAUCAUUACCUUCGGUAUCAAGGUACCGGCGGGAAUCUUCAUACCAUCCCUUGGUGUUGGAGCCUGCGCGGGUCGAAUCCUUGGCAUCUUCAUGCAAUGGUUGCAAAUGACAUACCCCGAUGCGCCAAUCUUCAAGCCGUGUAAAGGUGAUUUGGACUGCAUCAUUCCCGGACUUUAUGCCAUGGUCGGUGCGGCGGCUUCUUUGUCUGGUGUUACGCGAACAACAGUGUCCCUGGCUGUCAUCAUGUUCGAGCUGACCGAUACUUUAACAUAUGUGGUCCCUGUCAUGUUGGCCGUACUCGUAGCGAAGGGUGUCGCCGACGCCCUCGAACCUAAAGGAAUUUAUGAUCUUAUUGGAUACUUGUGGGGAAAAUUGACGAUUGGUGAUGUAACCGACAGUGAUGUCGAAGUCAUCAGACUUGACCGACCAAACACCGUUGAAAGCCUUCGUGAUCAACUUCAGACCCUAUUAUCCUCCGGUAAUGAUGAUGGUGGUUUCCCUAUUCUCCGAACAGACAACGAGGAAGAGGGCAUGAGAAUGGUUGGAUAUAUCGGCGCUAACGAGCUCGAACAUGCGCUCAGUAUCGUGGCGGAUCAUGGUGGUGACGAAGUACAUUUCCAUUCCGCGUUUUCAUAUCACAGCCUUGCCUCUUCAAUGCUGCAGGACUACAGUGCAGACCCUCUCGAUUUUAGUAUCUACAUGGACCAGGCACCUCUUACUGUGCAAUCAAAUUCUCCAUUGGAAAUGGUUCAUCAGCUUUUUGUGAAACUAGGGGCUCGCUACGUCGUGGUGACAGACGUUGACGGAUUCUUCGAAGGUGUUAUCGACAAGAAAACAUGGCUUGCUUUCUUGAGCGAGCUGGAGGAGAAAUCAUAACCUCGAUACAGCUGAAUUUUCUCUUGCACGUCUUAAAAUAUAUUUAUUGGAAGCAGGUCAGCCUCAGAAAGACCGACGAGCUGACUUUUUCAAUAUACCAAGGACUUUUAUGACCGUCUUGACAUUGUAUUACCUGUAUAUUCUACAGAUUACGAACUAAUGACAUCAUCAGGCCGGACUGGCCCCUUUGGAUUUCGGAAAGGUUUCUGUUAGUGAGUACAAUGAA